CCCAACUGUUUCAUUCUAGAGGCUUCAGACAGGCACUGUUGGUGUACCUAAACCUCAGAUGAUGGCAUCAGACAGAACCUCUCCAUUACCAGGACCCGAUAUGGCCAUGAAAGCUGGUGCUGGCCUGCCUCCUUUCCCUGUGCUUCCUUUUGCCCCCGCUACUCCCGUUCCACCAGACCAACCCCUCUGGGAGCCAUCACCACAGCCCCCCAUACCUUCCGCAUUCUCUCCGGGCAAUCCUCUACUUCUGUCUGCUUUUCCCAGUCCAUUGUUAAUGACAGGAGAAGGAGGCUCUGGCCCCAGUGUGGCCGGAACUGGCCAGGUCAUUGUCAAAGUCAAGACAGAAGUGGGGCCAGCUGAGCCCUCUCAAACUCAGAACCUUAUAGUUACUCAGACAGCCCUAAACUGGAUUACCUCGGGUACUCCCUGUGGGGGCCAGGAGGGUCCCCCUCCUCGGUAUGUGACAGCCUCUAAUGUGAAGACCAUUCUGCCUGCUGUGGCUGUUAGAGUGAGCCAGGAGGGCCCCGCAGGACUUCCUCUGCAGGCUCUACCAUCAGUUGCCCAACUGGCUCCCAUUGUGCCCCUGGAAAAGUCUUGGCCAGGAACACAAGCUGCAACCAUGGAAGGAGGUCCAGUGGCUACCCGGAAGCCCUCUCAAGGUGACCUUGCCUAUGCUUCCAAGGGUGUUUAUGAGAACUAUCGUCGCUGGCAACGCUACAAAGUCUUGGCCCGGACUCACCUAUCCCAGAGUCCAGAUGCAGAAGCUCUUUCCUGCUUUCUUAUCCCAGUGCUUCGUUCCUUGGCCCGACUGAAGCCUACUAUGACCCUGGAGGAGGGACUGCCGAGGGCUCUGCAGGAGUGGGAGCGUACCAGCAACUUUGACCGGAUGAUCUUUUAUGAGAUGGCAGAGAAGUUUAUGGAGUUUGAGGCUGAGGAAGAGAUGCAGAUACAGAAUGCACAGCUGAUGAAUGGGUCUCAGGGGCUGGCCCCUGUAACCCCUUUGAAACUUGAUCCAGGGCCUCUGGUCCCUGAGGCCUGCCAGCAGCCAGUGUACAUCCCCAAGAAGGCAGCCUCAAAGACACGGGCUCCCCGCCGGCGGCAGCGCAAAACCCAAAGGCCUCCGCUUCCUGAGGCACCCAAAGAGGUCCCACCAGAAGCUGUGCAAGAAUAUAUUGACAUCAUGGAAGGGCUGAUGGGGAGCCACUUGGAUACUGGGAAGGCAGAGGAUGAAGAGGGGCAGCUGGAGGAUGCAGGGAUGUAUCCAGAUCUAAGUCUUCUGAACUAUAUGGAUGAACUAUGUUCUCAGGAAGUCUUUGUCUCCAAGGUGGAGGCGGUCAUUCACCCUCAAUUUCUGGCAGAUCUGCUGUCCCCAGAGGAGCAGAGAGAUCCUUUGGCUUUAAUUGAGGAGCUAGAGCAAGAAGAAGGACUUACUCUUGUCCAGCUGGUCCAGAAACGACUCUCGGCCUUGGAGGAGGAAGAUGCACAGACCCCUCCAAGUUGCAGCGGAGCUCAGUCAGACUCAAGUCCUUCUGUUUCUGAUGAAGAUGAAGAUGGGGGUCGGAGGCUUCGGCCCUCACCUGGCCUUCAGGGGCCUGCGGGCACUGUUCACAUAGGAAAAUGUGCUUCUCUAGGCAAGCAGGCAAAAGAAAUGUAUGGUGGGCAGGAACAAGCCCUAGGUGGUCCAAGGGGUAUUCACGAAGAUGAAAACGCUCUGCUGCCCUCCAGCAGCUUGGACCUGCAGCUAGAACUCACAGCUUCACCGGGAAUGCAAGUACCCUUGGGUGUGGGGAGAAAAGGGUCUGGGAAGAUUAUAAAACAGUUCUCUGAACAUCACGAAGGUCACCUGGGAGGUCCUGGGUCCUCUGGGAACUACCCAGUAGCAGAUAGGAAUCCAGAGUCUUUACCUUUUUGCUGGCAAGAAGGUCCCCAGCCCAUGAGAGCCUCCAAUUUGGAUGCUGGAUUUACAGAUCCAGUUCCUCUGCAAGGACUUGAGUUAGAAAGUCAGGCCUUGGGGUUGCAGAUAAGACAACAGAUUCGGGGAGUUGGGGUGCUUACUCAAGGGAGAGACCCUUCAGCAGUGUCCCAGGAAGGCUCUUCAAGGGCCAUGUGGGGAGCCGACAGAGGCCUUGCCAUGGUUCAGAGUUAUGAUCAGACCCAUUGCCCUGGAGCAACUGGCAACCUGGAUAGCGUUUCUCUCAGCCCAGGACUGUGGCUGAGCAGCGACAUGGAUGGCAUACACUUAGAGUUCCCCUUACAGAUAGAAAGGGUCAUCGACAGCACCCAAGACUGGGCAUGCCUAAGGGAGGACCAGACACUGAGUUCCAGAAACGGUGUUUCUCCAAGUCCUAGAAAAAGCACAGUGCUGGAGGGUGUGGGGAACACUGUGGUUCCCCGUGGAGGCACAGAUGCGCCCGCUGUCCUAGAAAAGAAAACUUCCGGCAGCUUGCCAGGGUCCCUGACAGUCAGUGGCCCAACCUUGAGGUCCAAAGAACAUCGAGAGCUGAGCCCUGAGAUCAUACCUGAUCUCAGUGACCUGUGGGCUGAAGGUUGCUCCCCACUGCUGGAAACAUUUGACACCUCCACACUGGGGGCUUCCCCAAACACCCUGAUACCCACAUGCCAAGACAAUCUCCUUAUUCUUGAGACCCAGGAUACUUCUUUCCCCCAGGCUAGCCCAGAGGCAGAGAGCAGAGAUGAUCUAUUGUUUCCUCUGUUGGAAAACAUAGAACAUGUUAACAUAUUAGAUGCUAGAAGUGACAGUAGCCCCCAACCAGGGAUCAGCAGGGAUUGCUGCUCAUCAAGUUUUAAUUCUUGUAACCUCCAAGGAGAGGGCAGGGAAGAUACUGCUUCCUCCAAACCUGUGGCCCUUGUUCCCUUACAAGGUAGUCAAGAAUCUUAUCCACUCGAGACCACCAAACCAACAUCUCACCAGGGUCUGGGAAGUACUUCCCCUAGAGGGAAUGCUUUAGUUCUGAGAGACAUCUCUAGUAGAGAGACAGGCAGCUCAGCAGAUAGGGCCAAAGGAAGUGAGAAAGAGGAAGACGAAGAACUCUCUAACUUUGCCUACCUUCUGGCUUCAAAACUUAGCCUCUCUACAGGAGGGCUUUCUCUUACUACUUGUCAUGUCUCUGGAAGUCAGGGAAUCCAAAAAAUAUCCUACACAUCUGCCCGAGUAAAUGACCUUGACCAGCCUUCACCCUCUUCCCACACAUCAGGGAAGGAAGCCCUAGUUGGGAGUCCAGCUACUGCUGUAGAGAGACCCCAGCCUGGUAGUUCUGGACAGAAACCCCUUGCUCUGGGAAUAGUGCAGCUCCCACAGAUCCGUAAAAGGAGGCGUGACGGUUUUGCCACGAGCAAAAGGAAGAAACGACGUCGCAGCCAGUAG